GCCAAUGGAUUUUGGUCUGUUGGUAACCCCGGUCGAAACAAAAGUUCAAAUUCCGCGUUGUCAUUCAGACACAGUGAAAAGAGUCGGUUAACCUAAAAUAAAGCUGCUAAGGCGAGAAUGCUGCCCACUGGGGAUGUGCAAGGCUGUCUUCGUAAAUUGGAAACUCUCUUACGAAUCGUAAAGUACCCUGGACAUGUCGACUACAAUGGGCUUUGCAAAGGAGACCCCUCAGCCUUUCUGCCAAUAUUGAGCUUCUGUCUCACCACAUUCUCUCCACCUUUUGCUGAACAACUAAUGGCAGCUGGACUGGAGAUGGCAAGCAAAAGUGACCUGAGAUUCACUGACACACUCUAUAAGGUUCUGCGAGAUAUCUUUCACUAUAAGCCAGUAGUUUCCAAGGAGCAGUUCCUUCAGAAGGGCUUUGGGCAAAGAAAAAUGUCUACCCUUUGUGACAUCAUUGAUUUGGUCCUGAAGAGACACAGGGAUCUUAAUAAGCCCAGACUCAGAAAUCCUGUCGCACACAAGGAGACAAGAGGAGCAGACCAUGCAAAAUUGAAUAUGCCAGAUACUGUUUGUGAAUCAUAUGCAAAAGAUGACACAUUGGCAUUUCAGAGUGCAGUGCAGGCCUUGCAUGAUGAAGCAUACUCAUCCAAUUUGUCUGAAAAUGAGAACAUAGGCCUGACAGAAAAGAAGCAGGUGGAGGAUGACAUUCAACAUUCUUCUGAUAUAGAGCGAAAGAUUUCUGUCAUGGAAGGUCAAGUUGAGAGUCUUCUUUGUAGUCUUCAAAGGCUUAGUACCUUGGAAGCCCGUCUGGAGGAGCUAGCGAGCAGGACUAACACAGAAAAGAAGGAAGGAGAAUUGAUCACAAUAUCAAGAGAGAGCUGGGAAAAUCUAAAUGGUCGAAUCCUACUACUGGAAACCAAAUUUGAACUUGGCCACACUAAGUCAAGUGCUCCUCCACCAUCCGAGUUAUCUGCCCCAUUCUACUCUUUCGCCUCCAAUUCUGAUGCUUCCAAGAGUGAUAUAAAAGACAGACUGGAGAGGAUCGCCAACAUGAUGGCUGAAUGCGAUGCGCGAUUGACAACAAACAAGAAGAAAGGUUGAAGAGUACCUCAACUCUAAUGAAGAGUACAGACUCACCCACAACACCUUACAACGAGAUUGAUUAUUUACUUAAGUCAAAGUAACUUUAUUCACAGGAGGCCCACACUUCAUCAGUCGAGUUUCUGUUUGUGCUUGGCCUUUGAUGAUAGAGGAGGCAUAUUUAUCUCUUUUUGAUGGGAACAAAACUGAAAACUAAGUUUGGGUUAUUUCUGUUUAGCAGAAUUCAAUAAUUCUAUAAUCUGUAAUAAAUAUGCAGCACGGUAGAUGACUGCUUAGCACAUCUGCUUUAAUUCAGAGGUUAUAGGUUUGUAUUUGUUUUACUCUGUCAUAGUUAUCACUAUCUGGAAAUGAAUUGAUUGUAAAUUGUUUACAAUAAUUUGUCUUUUGUAUAUAUUUGUUUGAUUUAGUAAAGGUUUUUGGGCCGUUUUA